GCGCGAGGCACAGGAGCAGAGGACUGAUAGCGCGCGCCAGCUCGUCUGUACUGCCAAAAACUGCAAAAAGAAAAUGAACCCAAAUGUCUCCGUUUGCUGUUUGUCUCUACUGUUACUGCUUAAUUUCGUUGGAGCCAAACCUAUUUCUGAUCUACAGAGUUUGAAGCAGCUCCUAGAGGAGGAGGUCAACGCUGCGCCAUAUUACUCCUCGGAGGAAGCGGAGGUGGAGGGGAGAGAUGGAGACACGGACAAGUCGGUGUUCGGUGUUCAGUCGUGGGACUCGUCCGACCCCAGCAACUCGGCACUGGCGGUUAAAGAAAACGUCCUCGCGCGUCUCUUCAAAGACCUCAUGAGGACCUCGAAGCGCUCGUGGAGUCGGUACAAGAAGGGCGGGCUGAGGAGCUGCUUCGGUGUCCGCUUGGAGAGAAUCGGCUCGUUCAGCGGGCUGGGCUGCUGAAGGCAUGGAUCUUCACUGAGACCAGAACCAGCAUCGGAGCUCGUCUCACACUCGCACAGCUUUGACUGACAGUUUAAAGGCCGGCUACUCAGUCUCCUCUGUCCAUGGUUCUCAUUCAGAACUGUGAUUUCUUUUUCAUAUGUGAGCUGUUAAAUAAUAAAUUAUUGUAAAUGUAUUUAUUAUUUAUUAUUUUAUUGUUGGAUAAUGUAGACUUGCCUUGUAAUAGAUUGUAUUCUAGUAAAAUAAUUAUUUUGCAUAA